AUGUCGCAACAGGCGGUUGAGGGGACACCAACACCAACACCAACAAUGACAGGGGGAGGAGGAAGAGGAAUGACGCCGAAGAGGGAGGUGGAUGCCUUGAAGCGCAAGUACAUUUUUGUAGACGGCCCUGUGGACCCCGAAGUGGCGCUCAUUCGUUACGAUCUCCCGUUUGCGCCGUCAGAUCCAAAGCGGUCGCUGAAACUCCGCCGGCGCCUCGGACUCCCUCUUGACGAACGCGCCGUCGACCCCAACGUUCGUAUCGUGAUUGACUCUUUCAUCACACCGCGUGCGUGGCAUGACGAGGCCGGGGUGCUGUGGGUGCAGCACGGCAGCCCACACCCAGUUUCUCGCACGGAAACCGUUGAGACGCAUGAUAAGCUUCGCCGUCGCAUGCAAGAGCUUGGUGUCCAGCGCACCGGUAUCUGUCCACUGCGUUCCCUGCUGUUGGCGGAGUGUUUUCUAGAGGUGAUUCGACAAGUGACUGCCGAGUGCUGGGAGCGAGGACUUUUGCUGCUUAAGAUUCACACCGAGCGCACGGCCGCUCAGACGGCGCAUCGGGAAUUAUUUGAAUCCCGCGUCGGACACGCAUUUCGGUUGGCGCUCAAAGGCGAGAAGGACACAAGUCGGGUGCAGCAGGAUAUUGAGGCCCUGAAGCGGCGAACAGAGGAAUUAGCUGAGGAGGAAAAAGUCCUACGGAAAGAGUGCGACGAGCUUGCUUCGAAUGGGGAGGAACAGAUGUUGAUAUUAGAGAAGUUGCAUGCGGACGAAAUAACGGCAAUCAAGAAGGAAGGUGUACAGAAGCGUAACCAGCUGGAGCAGAUGGUGGCGUUGCCUUUACCCCUUUAG